UUAGACACCUCUUCCCUCUCUCUCUCUGUUUGUCUCUCUCUCUCUGUUUGUCUCUCUCUCUCUCUGUUUGUUUGUUUUUGAGAGAGUAGAUUUGGUCCAAGUCCAGUCCACCACCACCACAACCACAUAAAUUUGCAGCUGUUUGGGUUUUCGACUUGGAAAAGUCUUCAGCUCGUGCUCCUCCACCCUCAGCCUGACCCUCCCUCUUUCCAGGAGGUGAGCGGCAUAAUUUUCAGGCCAAAGAAAGAAGCUCACCCGCAACCGCAAAGAGAUUGAGAAAGCAGAACAAUACAAGAGUAUUUCUAUAUAAACAUUAAUUUACUAAACAAAAUGGUAACCCCGACAAGUUUUCUAUGUGGAAUAGCAUUCUGGAUCCUGAUUUCUUCCAAAUUCAAUCUCACUCAGAAGCUCAGAUCUCUUACACAGCCAUGGGUUUCUCACUCUGUCAUUUCUGGCACCCCCAUUAUUCUCAAGAUCCAGAAAUACCAGCACAGACAUUUGGAUGCCUUUUUCUCUUUGUUGUCUUGUGUUGUUUCUGUGCCUUUCUACACUGCUUUUCUUCCCUUGCUUUUCUGGACUGGGCAUUGCAAAUUGGCUAGGCAAAUGACCCUCUUGAUGGCCUUUUGUGAUUAUACAGGAAACUGUAUUAAGGAUGUGGUCUCAGCACCUAGACCUUGUUGUCCACCUGUCAGGAGAGUUACAGCCACCAAAGAUGAAGAGGACAAUGCCAUGGAAUAUGGAUUACCUUCCUCACACACUCUUAAUACAGUUUGCUUAUCAGGGUACUUGUUACACUACAUUCUGGCCUAUACUGGAAAUCAUGAUGCCUUUGCACAGAUAAUAGGUAUCACCACGGUCAGUUUGGUUGUCGGUCUCAUUGGAUUGGGAAGGAUAUACCUUGGAAUGCACAGCUUGAUAGACAUUAUCGGUGGUUUGGCUUUGGGAUUAGGCAUCCUGACAAUAUGGCUCUAUGUCUCCGAAUACAUAGAUAAUUUCAUAGUUUCUGGUCAGAAUGUUAUAUCAUUCUGGGCUGCCCUAUGCUUCUUGUUACUCUUUGCUUACCCAAAACCUGAACUUCCGACACCAAGUUUUGAAUAUCACACAGCUUUCAAUGGUGUUGCCUUGGGAAUCGUGAUUGGGAUCCACCAAACGUUUCAGCAGUUUCACCAUGAAGAUGUUGCACGCAUAUUUUCUCCUGAUCUUACAAUUCCUGCAUUUGUGGGUAGACUACUACUGGGGAUCCCAACAAUACUGGUGGUGAAGUUUUGUACCAAGGCUCUCGCCAAAUGGAUUCUUCCCAUUCUUGCAAAUACUUUGGGAAUCCCAAUAAGGUCAACGAGCUAUAUACCUGCUCUGAAGGGCAUGGCUGCUGACAAGAAGUCGGAUGAAAUAAAGCAAUCAGGUUACGUACAGAAACUCUUCUUUUUCUCCAAGCAGACGUCAUUCAACAUUGAUACUGGCAUAAGGCUCCUUCAAUAUACUGGGCUUGCAUGGUCUGUUGUUGACCUCGUCCCUUCUGUCUUUUCUCACCUAGGCUUGUGAUUGUUCUUUAGUUAUAGAAGUAUUGUAUUUUCUACUGACUCUGCUAGCUGGUCUUUAGAUGCUUAUUGUAUAGUGACGUCUCAAAUCUUUUGUAUAAUAUAUAUAUGAGGUUAUAGUGUUUUUAGAGUCCA